AUGCUCUCACGUGUUGUUGCAGUGAAGGCACCCCGCACACACAACCGUCGCCGCGUGACCGGAUCCAGCGGAAGGAGGAGGGAAGGAGGAGAGAGUGAGCCGCAGAGGCCCAACAUGUCCCGGCGUGUGUUUACUUCCGCGGUGCUGCUCCUAUUUGUCGUGGUGAUGUGCUGCGGCACUGGAGCUGCGAAAAUUGCGGAGGUGGAGCCAACGAUAGCUAGGGAACCUGUACCGAAGUCACCUUUUGGUUGGAGAGAUACAACAGGUGAUGAAACUGUGAGUUCGCUUCGUGGUCCAAGUCUUGUUGAGGUGAAUGGUAAGGUGUUUGCCGUUGCCGAGGCGCAGUGCAAGGAGGAUCCAAAGAGUGUUUUUACUGGCAUUGCAUCCCAACUACUCUCGAUGGAAAAGGGUAAAGGACCGGAGGAAGUGCUGAAGGAUGCCAAGUAUACACAGGUUCUGGAAGAAGACAUUUCCAUGGAGAAGAAGAAAGUAGAUGUGAGCCGACCAACAACAGUUGUGAAGGGAAAUAAUAUUUACAUGAUUGUUGGAAAACACAGCCAUGAAGAUGCCGCUAACUGUCAGGCUGGGACUGAGAACACCAAAUCGGGAAUAUUGCUUGUGAAGGGUGAGGUCGGUGGUGAAGCCGACAACAACCGAAUCCACUGGAAGGAAACUGACGGUGUACCGUGCACUCUAGGCGACCAACACGAAUCCUUGUCACGGCUGAUUGGCGGCGGUGGAUCGGGUGUCAAGUUGAACGAAGGUACGCUUGUGUUCCCAGUGGAGGCCACCAAAAAGAAGGAGAAGGCCGACACCGAAGAGGGUGGAAAGACCGUUUCGCUGGUCAUAUACUCCUUGGAUGCCAAGAGUUGGACGCUGUCGAAGGGGAUGUCUGCCGAUGGCUGCAGUGAUCCCUCCGUCGUGGAGUGGAAAGAAAAACUCAUGAUGAUGACUGCGUGUGAUGGCCGCCGCAGGGUGUACGAGAUCGGUGACAAGGGGAAUUCGUGGACGGAGGCACUCGGGACACUCUCGCGCGUGUGGGGCAACAAAAAGGGUGAAAAGGUUGAAAUCGUUAGGAGCGGGUUCAUCACAGCGAAUAUUGGCGGCGGUGUUGAAGAUGAUAAGAGAAAUGUGAUGCUUGUUACUCUGCCGGUGUAUUCCAACAAAGAAGACAAUCCAAAGGGCGUACUCCAUCUUUGGCUGACGGACAAUACGCACAUUGUUGACAUUGGGCCGGUGUCCGGGAACGAUGAUGACGUUACCGCCAGCUCCCUGCUGUACAAAAGCGGAUAUCAAGGAAAUAAUGAUGAGUUGAUUGCACUGUACGAGAAGAAGAAGGGCGAAGAGGAAUCAUCACUCGGUAUGGUCUCUGUGCGUCUGACUGCGCAGUUGAAGCGGGUGAAGGAGGUGCUGGCGACCUGGAAGGAAGUGGACGAACGUGUCUCCGAGCUAUGUCCUUCUGAGGAGGAUACCUCAACUGAAAAUGCCUGCAAUACUGGUAAGAUCACGGCUGGUCUGGUUGGCUUUUUGUCCGGCAAUUUCUCUAAUGGCACAUGGAGGGACGAGUACCUCGGGGUGAACGCCACAGUAAAUUAUAAAGAUGGGGCGGAGGAAAAGGAUAAUGGCGUGACAUUUAAAGGACGUGGUGCGUGGGCGGAGUGGCCCGUUGGCAGGCAAGGGGAUAAUCAGCUGUACCACUUUGCGAACCACAACUUCACUCUUGUGGCGACGGUGUCCAUCCACGAUGUGCCGAAGGAGGGUUCUAUUCCAUUGAUGGGUGCGACGAUGAAUGACAGUGACAAUACAGUAAUCCUGGGACUGUCGUACAACAACAACAACGAAAAUAAAUGGAUAUUACUGUGCGGUGGCAGAGAGAACAAGAAGUACAGCAGCGAUUGGGAGACAAAUACAUCAGAACACAUGGUAGUUUUGCUACGGAACGGCAACCAGAGCUCUGCGUACGUCGAUGGUCAGCCUGUGGGUGGGGAUGAAAAAUGUAACUUGGAAAAUACGGAUUCGAAAGGGAUCUCACACUUCCUCAUUGGAGGGGAUGGAGGCAGCGCAGAGAACACAGGAGGCCGAGAAGGCGUGCCUGUGACGGUGUCGAACGUAUUGCUGUACAACCGCCCGUUGACUUCCCAAGAGAUUGCAGAGCUUGCCAAAAAUAAAGUUACUAUUUCGAAGUCGGAAGGCCCGAAGACAUCGGUGGUGGAUGCUCAAUCAUCAGCAACAAGUGGAUCACCUGUGCAGGGAGCCGUGUCCUUGUCCAAUUCUGCCAGGCAACUGCCGUUGGAAGAGGAAACGUUGAAAGAGAAUAUUGGUGGUGCUGGCGGUGUAUCUAGUGCAGCUUCCGUUACUACGACUCCCUCGUCUGAUGUUGCUCAAACGGUGGCGACAGGGAGUGGAGAUACGAUGCAGGGAAUUGGAUCACCCCAAACUCCUGAGGUGAGCGUGAGCUCUGCUGAGGAUGCGGAGACGGCGGGAAGAACGGAUGCGCAGGGAGAGGAGGGAAUACAUUCACAUAACGGGGAGGUAAAUGCUACAGCACUCAACAGCAGCCUCGGUAAUUUGUCGCAGGGGAAUAACAGCGAUGCCGGCACCAUGUGUGGGAGCGGACUGCUGCCAUCGCUGCUUCUGUUGGGACUGUGGGGGUUUGCGGCUCUGUGA